AUGUCUUGGACACCCGAUGCAAAUGCCGUUGAACAACUCAAACAUAUUUUUCAAGGAACUUUGUCACCAAAUAAUGAAGAACGAAAAUUAGCUAAUGAGGCUUUAGUACAGGCCAAACAGAAUUUAGAAAUUGAAAAUUAUUUAUUUACAAUCUUGGUAUUUGACAAUACAGCCAAACCCGAUGUACGUGCAGCAGCAGGUAUCAACUUGAAGAAUAUCAUUUUGAAAAACAAGUCGAAUCAUCUGAUCGAUAGAAGUUAUAUUACCAAUAACAUCAUUCAAGGCUUGACAAGCCCUGAUGCAAUGGUGAGAAAUAUUACCGGGAAUGUAAUAACUUCGCUAUUUUCGAUUUAUGGAAUAUCACAGUGGGGCACAGCCCUAACCAGUUUGUUAACUUUGGCUCAUCAUGGUCAAGGUGAUGGAGACCAUACAACAACAAGCCACCAGUUUUCUGCUCAAGAAGCAGCAAUGAGCGCCCUUGCUAAAAUCUGCGAGGACUCGUAUUAUGAACUAGAUCGAGAAUACAAUGGCGAACGACCAUUGAAUUUGUUACUUCCCGAAUUUUUGAAAUUAAUGGAUCUGCCUAGUAUGAAAGUCAAGGCAUUUGCGGUACAUUGCUUCAAUCAAUUUAUCAUUUUAGACACUCAAUCGUUUCUCGUCUUGAUUGACCAAUUUUUAACCAAAAUAUUCGAAUUGGCACAAGGUACUGAUAGUAUUGAAACAUCCGAUGCAUACACUUUGAAGAAGAACAUAUGCACCGCCUUCCUUUCGAUUUUGGAAACAAGACCAGAUAAAUUGGCACCUCAUAUCGAUGGAAUAAUGAGCUAUUGUUUACACGUGAUACAAAAGGGCACCAAUAAUGAAUUAAGUUUGGAAGCAGGAGAAUUUUUGUUGGCAUUGGCAAGUUCUAGUGACUUUAAAGCUGUCUUUACCACCGAUAAAUUGAAGGUUAUUCUACCAGUAUUGUUGGAUAACAUGGUGUAUUCAGAGGAAGAAAUGUUUCUCAUGGAAGUGGCUGACAAUAAUGAUGAUGCCAAUGUGGCAGAUAAGGACGAAGAUAUCAAGCCAACCAAUGCCAAGUCAAAAGACGCAAGACGAACCAAUGGAACUACUAAAGGUGAUGCUGCUAAUAUUGAGAAUGGUGUAGCAAUAUCUGAAAACGGAGAUGGGUCAUAUAGCAAUGGUGCUGAUAAUGACAAUGGAGAUGACGAUGACGACGACGAUGAUGAUGAUGAAGAAGACGAUGAAGAUGACAUGGGUGAGUGGAGUUUGAGGAAAUGCUCAGCAGCAACAUUGGAUGUAUUGAGUGAAAACUUACCGCAAGAAGUUCUCAUUUUGGCCUUGCCCAUCUUACAAGAAAAAAUCAUGUCAACAGAAUGGCCCACUAGAGAAGCAGCAAUUUUAGCAUUCGGUGCAAUGAGCAACAGCUUUAUCAAUUUAGCCAGUGAUAAGCUACCCCAACUUGUGCCAUUCCUCGUUGAUAGAUUACAAGAUGAUCAACCAAGAGUAAGACAAAUUACCUGUUGGACGUUAUCAAGGUAUGCAGGAUGGGUAAGUCAGGAAGCACAUGAAGGUGGUGAGUAUGCCACUUUUUUCCAACCCACAUUCCAAUCGAUUGUUGCUUGUGCAUUGGAUCCUAAAAAGAUUGUCCAAGAAGCUGCUUGUUCUGCACUUUCUGCCUUUAUUGAAGAGAGCGAUCCGCAAUUGAUUGAAUUUUAUCUUGAACCAUUACUACAUCAUUUUGCACAAUGUUUCCAAACAUACCAGCGUAAAAACUUAAUCAUAUUGUACGAUUGCGUUCAAACAUUUGUGGAAAAGAUGGGAUACGAAAACUUAUCUCGAGAUCCCAAGUAUGUUACCAUUUUGCUUCCUCCGUUGUUACAAAGAUGGGACCAGUUACUGGAUGAUGACACGGCGUUAUGGCCACUACUUGAAUGUAUGGCAUCGGUUGCUGCCACGUUGAAAGAGUUGUUUGCCCCCUAUGCUAUUCCUGUAUACGACAGAGCUUUGAAGAUUUUGUCAAAUUGUAUUCUUAUGGACCAGAAUUGCCAAACUGAUCCAUCAAUAGAUACACCAGAAAAGGAUUUCAUGGUUACUUCGUUAGAUUUGAUUGAUGGGUUGAUCCAGGGAUUUGAGUUUCACUCAAUUGAUUUGAUUCAACAUCAUGACAAGCCAAGUUUUGACUUGACUGAUUGUUUGUUGGUUUGUUUUGAAGACUUCAAUUCUGAUGUUAGACAAUCGGCUUAUGCAUUACUUGGAGAUAUGGCCAUUUAUAUCAUAGAUACCUUGAAGCCUUAUUUACAUCCGAUUUUCAUUAGCAUUGGUAAUGAAAUAAACAACCGAAAUUCUGAGACUUUCCCCGUUUACAAUAAUGCUAUUUGGGCACUAGGUGAGAUGAUUAUUCGGUUGCCAGCAAAAAAUACAGAAGCGUACUUGUCUAAUUUAAUCAAUUUGUUGGUGCCAGUUCUCAAUAGUACUGAUACUCAAGACACGGUAUUGGAGAAUUGUGCUAUAUGCUUAGGAAGAAUGGGGCUUGUUGGGGCAGAAUUACUUGCACCAAGAUUAAUUGAAUUUGUUACUCCUUGGUGCACGAGAUUUGUGAACUUGGUUGAUAACGAAGAAAAGCAAACAGGGUUACAAGGAAUGUUGAAAGUCAUUGAAGUGAAUCCUGAUUCUGGUUUUGGUGGAUUACAAACCCAGCAAGGUAAAGUUAAUCUUGCCAAAUUUUUGGAAGUGUUGGCUAAUUAUGAAGAUGCUACAAGUGAAUUGCAACAACAAUUUUUAAAUUUAAUUAAUCAUUACAAAUCAGUAUUGGGACAAGACGGAUGGAAUCAAGUGUUGAAAUUGGUGAAUCCUUCAUUAAGAAAUAGUUUGGAUGUAUAA